UUGGAAGAUCUUCACGAGUCAUGUGCCUCAUGUAUGCUCUGAUGGCAUCCCUGGGCAUUCAUUUGCCCUCGGUCGAACACACGGAUGCUGGAACCGCUCGGUUUCAGCCUCUUUGGCCUUUUUUCCUGGGCGGUUUUCAUCGCCCAGGCGGACGAAUGCGUGACCUGUGAGCUAGCGACACCCUUGUCACCACGCUGCAGCAUCACCGCCAACGAAGCUGGUCGAUUUCAUCUGGCCUUCUCCAGGAGUUGUCCUGCAGCAGUGGCGGUGGAGGCGUCGAUCUGUGCGAGUUUCUACGAAAAGACCUGGUCAACGCUCGGUGCGGCAUUUUUGCUCUAUGAUGCUGCCUUGAUGUAUGUGGCUUCCUUCGGAGGCGCUUCUUGCUUUGACAGCUCGGAUUGGAGUACAUUCUUCAACACCUCAUCAAGGCAGCUGCUAUCCUCGUACACAAAAGUGCUUGUCGAAGUUUCUGGAACUGGGAUUGAGUUGAUUGGAGGAGCUGUCACGAGGUACUUCAAGCAGGAACUUGCAUGCCCACUCGAAAAAAGGCUCAAGCCUGUAAAUUGGGAGGGAAUUCGAGCAGUUGCUGCCGCAGAGAUGAUCUCUUGGAAUCAAGCAAUCGGCAAUUUACCACCGCAUUGGAAUGGCUUAGAGCAGACUCCACAAAAUUUGCCGUUGGUGAGUUGUUUGGUGCCAAUUGUGUGGCCGCGCCAGAAGCCCUUCUUGCAAGCGAUUGUCGAAACGUUUGGGCAAGACUGCGAUGAGCUCUAUUUUUUCAUAUCUUCUGCCAACGCUGUGAGAAGAGACCUUGAGAUGUUCUCAGAUGGUUCAAGUUUUUCGGUGAUCAAUUUGCACGAGAUCUAUCCAAUGGUGCCACCCGAUCAAGAUGAAUUUCAUCGAGAAACGGGUGACCGUCCAGGGCAUGACAGUUUCAACACCAUCAUCAAACUUUUGCAUAUGUUGCGCUGGGCAGGUGAACACAUGCACUCCACAGGAGUCUCCACAGGACAAUGGUGGUAUUGCCGCUUGGAACGAGAUACCUUCUUUAUACCGGAGAAUUUCCGAUUCCUUGUUGCAUCCGAGCGUUUGGAUGCAUCAGAGCCCCAUUAUCUCGGGGUCCGGCAAUUUCUGGACUUGCCCCGAAUGGGUUUGGUGUUCAACGACGGUGGUCCAGGGGUGUGUUUAUCCGGAGGUGCCUUGUGGGCUCUCCAACGAGUCUUGCAAACCAUGCCAGGCGUUCUUGAAGAAUACCCCGACUUUCAGCGCUGUGCUUUUGCCACAGGACACAGAGAAGACUUGAUGCUGGCAGCAUGCCUAAAGGAAGUCAAGGUCUUUCCAUCUCCUGUCACUACCGAUGUUCUCGGCCGAGAAUGGUUCAGUAUCCGACCUUUGCGAGGCAUCUCCACCCAUCACCCUCCUGCGGAUCCGCACAUGGGCGAUGGACAGCCCGCAUGGAAUUUCUGGACUGGUCGGAGUCAUUUGUUUUUGCCUUGCAUUCAGCAUAACCGUCAGUGGAUUGUGGAGACGCCUGUGUCCUUCAAUUCAUUUAAGAACACCUCAAUGUUUUACGAGGCAUGGUCGCUCUUGAACCAACCAGGGGGACCAAAUCUGGAGGGAAUAGACCCAGGCUUCCGCUUGGAAUUGAGUGGCCUGCGUCGCUCGCUGCUUCACAAGAAAAGACAUGGCACCGGUGAAUGGGUUAACUUCCAUUUUGAACAUGCCAAUUCAAUCACUUGAGUGAGUGACGGGC